AUGUUCACCCCCGGCAUCGCACAAAUUGCCGAAGACCUACAUACGAAAACAGACACCGUUGUUGGUGCAACAACAGGCUUCGUAGUCUGUCUCGGCAUCGGUCCUCUGAUUCUCGCUCCGCUUAGUGAAACAUUCGGCCGACGUACUCUCUAUCUGACCUGCUUCAGCAUAUUCUCCCUCUCCCAGAUCCCUACCGCUCUCUCCCCCAACGUCUCCUUCCUGAUCGGCUGGCGCACCGUCUCCGGCUUCUUCGGCUCAGUCGGCAUUGCGAACGGCGGCGGCACUCUAAGCGACAUGUUCCAUCCUUCAGAGCGCGCCUCCAUAUUCGGCUGGUACCUUCUCGGCCCAUUACUAGGCCCAACACUGGGCCCCCUCUUCGGCGGCCUAAUAGUCCAGCAUCUAAGCUGGCGCUGGCUCUUCUGGAUCCUAACCAUAGUCUCCGCAACCAACACCCUAGCAGGUUUUUUCCUCCUCAAAGAAUCUUACGCCCCAGUCAUUCUCGCCGCCCGCAAGGCCUCCCUAAUCUCCGCCUCCCCAGACAGCAGCAAAAACUACCGCAUCCCCAACCAAGAUGACCGCCCCCUCCCGAUCCGACUCAGCCACAGCAUCAAACGCCCCGUCAAAAUCCUCCUCACCCAGCCCAUCGUCCUCACCAUGUCCGCCUACCAGGCCAUCCUCUUCGGCACCACCUACUCCCUCUGGACGAACUUCGAGCAAAUCUACGGAACACCUUCCCCCUCCAACCCGCGCGCCUACGGCUUUUCCACCCAAGGCGUCGGCCUCAUGUACCUCGGCCCAGGCCUAGGCUUCCUCGUCGCAGUCUGGUUCAUCGUCCCCUACAUCGACGUCGUCUACAACCGGCUCACGGAGAAGAACGAGGGCAAAGCGAUGCCAGAGUAUCGUCUCCCGCUCGCCAACAUCGGCAGCGUCAUAAUCCCAAUAAAAUUACUAUAUUGA